AUGACCAGUUACACUUCAGCGGGCGGCCUGCGCAUCGUGCCGCCGUAUUACCGCCAGUGCGCCACGGCAGUGAAGGAGCGAUGGCGCAACAGACUGCUGCUGGACGUGCUGACGGCCGAGUUUCGCGAAUAUUCAGAAAACCAGCAUCUCCAACGGAUCAAAAAUAAUCAAAUAAUAGUGCACCGCAGAAUUAAACAGCAAACGCUCGAGCUGAGACAGGAGCAGCUCCUGUCUGAAAAGCUCAAACAGGGCGACGUGAUUUUGCGCCAUGUGCAUGUCCACGAGCCGCCCAUCGUGGACGCAAAGAUUGAGACUGUCUAUGAAGACGACGAGGUGCUCGUAGUGAACAAGCCGGCCGGCAUGCCGAUCCAUCCCGUGCAAAACUUUCACUACAACACGAUGGUGGAAAUCCUGAAGCACGGGAUGGGCCUGGCAGAGCUCAGGCCGUGUUUUCGCCUCGACAAGGUGACGAGCGGGAUCUGCAUUCUGGCCAAGAGCGCCGCUAAGGCCAAGGAGAUCCAGUCCGCGAUCAGAGACAAGCAGGUCCGCAAGGUGUACGUGGCGCGUGUCGCGGGCAAGUUUCCGGACUCCCUGGUCUGCGAGGACGACGUGGUUGUCGUCGAGACGAAACGCGGCCUUACGAACGGGAUCGACCGCAAAUCUGCUACCACGGAAUUUAGCCGGCUAAGAUACUCGUCCCUGCUGGACGAGAGUAUUGUGGAGUGCCGGCCGUUGACGGGCAGAACGCACCAGAUCCGUAUCCAUCUUCGGAACCUGGGCUUUCCGAUUGUUAACGACCAGCUCUACAGACACGGACUGCUGGCUGCCAACCAAGACUACUCGGACCCAGACGUCUUUGAGCGGAUCGCAAAGGAGGCAGAAAGCGCACGCAUGGAACAGUUCACUGGCGAGUUCUGCGAAGAGUGCGGCAAACGGCUCUUCAAGGAGCCAGAGCCAGAAAAACUUGUGCUCUAUUUGCAUGCAAGAGAAUACUGCCACAAGGAAAAUAAAUGGGCAUACGUAACUGAGUACCCAGAAUGGACGAAUAUAUAG